AUGAGCCACGCCGUCCCCGACCUCGACGCGAUAGGCAUCAAAGCCGAUUACGAUCUCGCCGACCAGUUCCGUCGUGAAGUAGCUCAGCUCCUCGGUCGCAACAAUCUUAAUUUCCCCGGCGCGCAACCAGUCAGCUUCUCGUCGAAACACCUCACAGAACUUCAAAGAGAGGAUUACUAUGUCUGUGAAAAGACGGACGGCAUUCGGUGUCUGAUGUACUUUGCGCGCGGCGAUGAUGUCGAGAACCCCGAAAUUCACUAUCUGAUCGAUCGGAAGAACGAAUAUCGCUUUGUACCGGGUCUCCAUUUUCCUCUGCCUGACGAUGAAACGUUCCAAUCAUUUCACGUCGACACGCUGGUGGAUGGCGAGCUAGUCAACGACACUUACCCAGACGGCACACAGCAGCUCAAAUUUCUUGUUUUCGAUUGUCUCGUGCUAGACGGACAGAGUCUGAUGCACCGCACGCUUGACAAGCGACUCGCCUAUUUCAAAGUGAAAGUGUUAGAGCCUUACAGGGCCAUGUACCGCAAAUUCCCCGAAGAAAAGGCCCACCGACCCUUUGUGGUGGAAGACAAAUCCACGCAGUUCAGCUACGGCAUCGAGAUGAUGUUCCGCGAGAUUAUUCCCAAAGUAAAACAGAUCCACGGAAACGACGGUCUGAUCUUCACUUGCCGAAGCACACCCUACCGUAUCGGCACAGACGAACACAUCCUGAAAUGGAAGCCACCGUCGGAGAACACAGUCGACUUCCGCAUGCGCCUUGAAUUCCCCGUCCUAGAGCCCGACACCGAGGAUGAGGCGGACGGUAUAUCUGCCCCAUACCCCGACUACGAUGCUCUCCCUAUCUGUCAUCUAUUCGUUAUGCUCAAUGCAGGCGAGUACCGCCAUUGGGGCGAGAUGUACCUCACCCCAACAGAAUGGGAAGAUCUCAAAGCUCUACGACUUCCGCUCGACGAUUCCAUUGUCGAAUGCUCCAAAGACGAACAGGGACGCUGGCGCUACCACCGUCUUCGCGACGAUAAGAUUGAUGCAAAUCACAUUUCCACAGUCGAGAAAGUUCUCGAGAGCAUCGAAGACCGCGUUACAGAAGAGGAUCUGAUCCGUAUUGCCCCUGCUAUCAAAAACGCAUGGAAGAAGCGCGCUUCCAUGGGUUCCAGCGAGGGCAAGCAGCGUGCAAUGUCAUCAAUGAAUGGAAACGGAGUCAAGCGGAAGUUCGAGGAGUGA